AUGGACAUACUCAAGGGAUUAGGUGGAAAAGGAAAACGUGGUCGCUCGAAGAAAACAGAAAAGAGUGACGUCGACAGAAGUCGUUCAAUGAGCGGCAGCGGUGGUGCGCACCCGAACAAACCAAUUAAUAAUUUCCGCCCUGUUGUUCAACGUCGUGACUUUACACCCAAGCAAAAGAGAGUGAUACCAGACGUACCUUCUGUGUUAGAACCAAAGUCUUUUGAUCUCUCAACCCUCCCUCAAUUCACUCAAAACUAUACCGAAUAUUUAGGAAACCCUAUUACAGACCAAACACUUAUUAACACCUUUUACACGGAAAAUAACGUAACAACAAAUGUAACACAAAAGUCCCCUGUUGUGCUGAGUAUGGACCAAACCAACUUCCCAGAAGAAUGCAACCCCCUUCUGGUCGGUGUCAAACAACCCCUCCCUUUACAAUCAAUCUGUUGGCCACUCCUUCUGAGUGCAAAGAAUGUCUUUGCAACUUCUGAUAUCAACUCGGGAAGGCUUUAUUCGUAUUUGAUCCCGUCGUUACUCAUUGCGAAGAAGUGCCAUGCUGAAAAGACGGGACCUGGUCCAUCUGUUAUGAUUGUGACACACAGGUAUAAUAUGGUGGAUGAUAUCGCUGCUAAAAUCACCGACUUUUGUGCUCAAAACGAGUUGAAGGUUCUGAAGAUUACUGGUAAAAUAGCGUUUGACGACUCGAUUGCAGCCGCACAAGGCGAUAGCGACAUCUGUGUUUGUACUGUUAUUCGUUUACUCGACUUUUUGGGAAGAAAGGUGUUGAGCACCGACAACUGCCGACUCUUGGUCUGCAGUGACUUGGCGGAGUCCAUUGAAUUGGACAAAGAGUGGGACAAGCGGUUGCCAUCGAUCUUUGGCCAAUUUAGACCGGACACGAUAUUCUCUCUCUUCUCGUCCACAACUGCACAAAAGUGCGUUGAUCUUGUUGGGAAAAUCAAUCGAGAGUUUGUGACAGUCAAAAUUGGAGACCAAUUUGGGGAAAUCGACUUUACCAAAAUCACGAUGAGACUUCACUCAGGAAUGUCACCACAGGCUAAGGAAAAGCAACUGGUCAAAGUCAUUAAAAACAACCUUGGGAAGCGCGGAGUCGUAUUUGUGUCGACCGCAGAGGAAGCCGAAAGUGUUUGUGAGAAAAUCAAUUUUUGUGGGGUUGGUGUUGGGUGCCUCACUGAUAUAAGGGGCAAAAAGUAUGUCCUCGCUUCGAUUAAUGCGUUUAAGAAUCGGAAGUACGAAGUCCUUGUUGUUGCGUAUAGUCAUGUCAAAAACGCCGAUUUGCGGUUGGUCGACUUUGCGGUGUUCUAUGAGCUUUCCGCGUCGUUUGAAUUCUUCAAACAUGCCAUUAACAAAAUAUCGUUGUCAUAUGGGUGUGUUGUGGAUAUUGAUUUUGGCUUUGAAGACUACGAAUUAGGAAAGGAGAUGCUGAAGUUCUGUGUAGAAAACAACGUUGAAGGGCAAGCGGAGCUGAAGAAGUUAGUAAAGAAAGUGAAGGACAAGUGA